CUCGAGGCUCGGGUCCGACCGCGACCACUUCGUGUAACUUCCUUCUCUGUCAGUGCGACCUUUCCCCGUCGUGGAGACUCCUCAUCCCGGGCGGGGAAGUGGAAGCAAGUAGUUUGUGAGGGAGAUCUUACAACCUGCACGGAAAUUAUUUUCCAAGGGGGAGAGCGGACAGCCUCAUAGGUUGAAAGGAUGACUUGUCAGAGGCCACGAGGAACGUGAGGCAGGAUAGAGCCGCUAGCUGUUGAAUUAGUGCUGGAUAAUCUCAGUGAUACCUUAAAGAAGCUGAAGAUAACAGCUGUUGACAAGACUGAGGAUAGUUUAGAAGGAUGCUUGGAUUGUCUGCUUCAAGCCUUGGCUCAAAAUAAUACGGAAACAAGUGAAAAAAUCCAAGCAAGUGGAAUACUUCAGCUGUUUGCAAGUCUGUUGACUCCACAGUCUUCCUGCAAAGCCAAAGUAGCUAACAUCAUAGCAGAAGUAGCCAAAAAUGAGUUUAUGCGAAUUCCAUGUGUGGAUGCUGGAUUGAUUUCACCACUGGUGCAGCUGCUAAAUAGCAAAGACCAGGAAGUGCUGCUUCAAACGGGCAGGGCUCUAGGAAACAUAUGUUACGAUAGCCAUGAGGGCAGAAGUGCAGUUGACCAAGCAGGUGGUGCACAGAUUGUAAUUGACCAUUUAAGGUCACUGUGCAGUAUAACAGAUCCCGCCAAUGAGAAGCUCUUGACUGUCUUUUGUGGCAUGCUGAUGAACUAUAGCAAUGAGAAUGAUUCGCUUCAAGCUCAGCUUAUCAAUAUGGGUGUUAUUCCUACCUUAGUGAAAUUACUGGGCAUCCACUGCCAAAAUGCAGCUCUUACAGAAAUGUGUCUUGUUGCAUUUGGUAAUUUAGCAGAACUUGAGUCAAGUAAAGAACAGUUUGCCAGUACAAACAUUGCUGAAGAGCUAGUAAAACUCUUCAAGAAACAAAUAGAACACGAUAAGAGAGAAAUGAUUUUUGAAGUUCUUGCUCCAUUGGCAGAAAAUGAUGCUAUUAAACUACAACUGGUUGAAGCAGGCCUAGUAGAGUGUCUACUAGAGAUUGUUCAGCAAAAAGUGGAUAGUGACAAAGAAGAUGAUAUUACUGAGCUCAAAACUGGUUCAGAUCUCAUGGUUUUAUUACUUCUUGGAGAUGAAUCCAUGCAGAAGUUAUUUGAAGGAGGAAAAGGUAGUGUAUUUCAAAGGGUACUCUCUUGGAUUCCAUCAAAUAACCACCAGCUACAGCUUGCUGGAGCAUUGGCAAUUGCAAAUUUUGCCAGAAAUGAUGGAAAUUGUAUUCAUAUGGUAGACAAUGGGAUUGUAGAAAAACUUAUGGAUUUACUGGACAGACAUGUAGAAGAUGGAAAUGUAACAGUACAGCAUGCAGCACUAAGUGCCCUCAGAAACCUGGCCAUUCCAGUUAUAAAUAAAGCAAAGAUGUUAUCAGCUGGGGUCACAGAGGCAGUUUUGAAAUUUCUUAAAUCUGAAAUGCCUCCUGUUCAGUUCAAACUUCUGGGAACAUUAAGAAUGUUAAUAGAUGCACAAGCAGAAGCUGCUGAGCAACUGGGAAAGAAUGUUAAGUUAGUGGAGCGUUUGGUGGAAUGGUGUGAAGCCAAAGAUCAUGCUGGUGUGAUGGGGGAGUCAAACAGACUGCUGUCUGCCCUUAUACGACACAGUAAAUCAAAAGAUGUAAUUAAAACCAUUGUGCAGAGUGGUGGCAUCAAGCAUCUAGUUACCAUGGCAACUAGUGAACAUGUAAUAAUGCAGAAUGAAGCCCUUGUUGCUUUGGCAUUAAUAGCAGCUUUAGAAUUGGGCACUGCUGAGAAAGAUCUAGAAAGUGCUAAACUUGUACAGAUUUUACAUAGACUGCUAGCAGAUGAGAGAAGUGCUCCUGAAAUCAAAUAUAAUUCCAUGGUCCUGAUAUGUGCUCUUAUGGGAUCUGAAUCUCUACACAAGGAAGUACAGGAUUUGGCUUUUCUAGAUGUCGUAUCCAAACUUCGCAGUCAUGAGAACAAAAGUGUUGCCCAGCAGGCCUCUCUCACAGAGCAGAGACUUACUGUGGAAAGCUGAGAACUGCCCGAUACACGGCAUCAUCCCAUCUCUAAUUUCCCCUCUGUCCUCCAUCCAGCGGCUUCUUCCGCUUCAUUCUCUACCAUACCACUUGUGCAUGCAUGUGAUGUUCUAAUACCAAUUGAAGAACCGCUGUAGGUACCUCCCUAAUAAGAUUUCUAAACCCAUAGUGUGAUCAUGACUUUGUCAAAGGCAAGUCUCCACCCAUAACUGUUCUCUUGUAUUCCUGUUGCUUGAGCUACAUUAAUUAGAAUGUGCAUGUUGUAGUCCUAUGAUGAUAUAAACUUGGUACGACAUAAUGACUUGCUCCACACAUGCAGUAAACUACAUAAUGAUGUACUGGUAAACUAGAAACAAAGAAUGCAGCAGGAUCUGUCUAGCUUAUUAAAGAUGAAACUGAAUUGGAAAAAUAGCUCCAUUUUUUGGUGCUUGGGAAGCACAGUGACCAAAAAAGUUGUAUGGCUGCUUAUUCAUUAGUCUUUCCUACUAAUGUCAAACCCAUGGUACCUAGAGUUAAAUAAAAUUCCAGUGCUCUUACUCUUUAA